AUGCGGUCAGCUUUAAUGAACCUCGACCAGUCGUCGGACGGCAGGCAGUCGGGGAAGCCACACAAAAAGUGAAUUAAAAUCGGCAGACAGACAGAUACAUAUCUGUGAUAACUGGUUAUAGGAUCUGGCGAUGGGCAUCGAUGAUAUGGUGGACACUGAUAGCGAUAUCUUGCGGCCACUUAGCGAUGGUGAAGUGGACGAACUGCUCGAUCUGUAUAGAUCCAAGUUCGGUGUGAGGAACUUCCACUACCUGCUGAUCUACAAUCAGCGAAAGUGGGAUGCCCAGUUGGACGAGGCCCAGAUAUCGCGCGAUGAUCCCAACUUCGUGUCCCUGAGGAAGCAGUUCUACACCCAUCGCAGGGGCGACUUCCGCCGGUGGGGCACCUAUGUGAGCCUGCACCGGGACAUCGUGCAGAGCGUCUCCUUCUUCAGCUGGCAACCGGACGGGGCUGCGGAGCUGUGGCAGUGCCUGGAGCAAACCCGGCUCAUCGAGUGGACCCAGGGCGCCCUGCUGACCAACGUGGAUCUGCCGUUUUGCGAGCGCAUCAAGGAGCUGGCCCUGAAACGCGGUGUCACCGCCAUUCAGCCGCGUCAGUGUUUCGGCAUGGUUCUGCCCCGUGACUCCGCAGCGGUUGUGGAAGUUCCGGAGCUGCUCUCCGAGUUCGACAUCCGACGGCUGAGGGACGAGGAUGCGGCCAUGGUGCACGAUAACUGGCCCAACAAGGGUGAGGGUUCACUCACCUACCUCCGCGCCCUCAUCCGCUUCAACAAAUCCUUGGGAGUCUGCCGGAGCGACACUGGCGAACUGAUUGCUUGGAUCUUCCAGAACGACUUCUCCGGCUUGGGAAUGCUACAAGUACUGCCCAAAGCGGAGCGACGUGGACUGGGUGGCCUCCUGGCCGCUGCGAUGACCCGAAGGAUUGCCCGGGACGAGGAUGUUACCCUCACGGCCUGGAUAGUGGCCACCAACUGGCGGUCGGAGGCGCUGCUCCAAAGGAUCGGCUACCGGAAGGAGCUGGACAACGAAUGGAUCAAGCUGGUGCCCAAUCCCAAUCCCAAACCCAAUCCAUCGAUUGGAUAGUUGCAACAACAAAUAGGUUAGGUCAAGAAGUAGACACUUUGAUUUGCAUUUGCUAUGCCUAUGUACAUGGUCAACAGUUUUAUUUUGGCAUUUAACAUGCACUCUCGCUUUCUGAAUACACUUUACGGCUUAAUCAAA